AUGGACUACAAAAUCGAUCUUGAGUUCUACCAAAAUCGAUUGCCAUCGCCAUCUCCAACUCCAUCACGUCGACCGAAUCCGAUUCGCAAUUCCCCAAGCCUCUGUAAUUUGUUGCGCAGACCACUCACUAGUUCCCCAAUAAAACGCCCAACCUUUAUCGAUCACAUGAUUCAUAGCCCUAACUGUUUCCUAAAUCGGCGUUUGCAAAUCCGGUCGAUGACAAUAAAUCAUAUCGACAUACUCCAUAUCCAGUCGUUUCAAAGAAGCUUUAGUCCCCUCGAUGAUAUGUUUCCUGGAUAAGCCCUUGUCGUUGGGUCCCGGACCUCCCCAAAACAGCUUAGUAGACACAACGAAGAGCUCCUCUUUGGUCCAUUGUUCGUCAUCGGCGGUCCAAUCAAGGGGAAGAAGAAUGGAUCGAAGGCAGAUCGGAGAGCAGGUGGGGGAUCAGCCGCCCUUCAUCACAGGAAUCGAGUAAAGAGCAAUUUGGAAGAACUUAAUCAUAUUUGCACUGCUACAGAUGGUGGCGAAUUCCGAUU